ACUCCUUUAAUGCAUUAUUGUUUUUGUGUGUCUUGUUAUUUGUACAAAUAAAUGAUGAAGAAGACCACUAGUGAAUCUUAGAGGUAGAAGUCAGUCUUUGCUUGCAGCUUGAACUAAUAUUUGAUCUUUGAGGAGAGCCAGACAGGUUGCUCUCUGAGUUUUGUAUCUUUUUGUGAUAGUUUCAUGUUUCAUCGUUUAAAUAUUUGUGUAAAAACAUCAAUGAGUUUGAAUCUAAACCUCUGAGACUUCCUCCUCCUCCCCUCGGUGUGGACAGGCCUGUGAGGCACUGGAGGCGUGACUGGAUGUUUGGACUGACAGAACCGGUCCAUCAGGUGAUGAAGCCUGUCCAAGCAGCUGCCGGGCCCCUAUGAGACGACAUCUGGAGGGACAGGGGCCCCGGGAGUCUCCCCUGGUGGACAGGGACUGGAAAAAGUGUCAUGUGUGAACCCACCCGACCAGCUGGACCUCGCCUGUUCAGCCCCGACCUGUUUGGUGUCGGGGGCCCCUGGCGAUGCUGCGAGCAUGUUUGGCCUCCCAACCUGACCGACCGCCUGCCUCAUCACAGGCAUAAAAGGAGCCGACGUCCCAGCAGCUCUUCACUCUCCACUCAGAGCCGACCAUCAGCCGACCCUUAGCCAUGUCCUCCUUCUCCAGCCGCAGCAGCUACAUGAGGAGCUCCACCUUGAUGGCGCCCUCCACCUCCUCUUCCCGCCGGGUGAGCGGCAUGGGAGGCGGCAGCGUGUACGGAGGAGCUGGAGGAUCCGGAGUCCGUGUCUCCAAGGCCUCCUCCGCCUACUCCUCCUCUGCUGGCUUUGACCUGGCCGAUGCCGUCAACGUCAUCGACAUCUCAGCCAGCGAGAAGGCCACCAUGCAGAACCUGAACGACCGCCUGGCCUCCUACCUGGAGAAGGUGCGCAGCCUGGAGAAGGCCAACGCCGACCUGGAGGUGAAGAUCAGGAACUUCCUGGAGAGUAGAACCAAACCUGAAACCCACGACUGCACCGCCUACAGGAUCCGCAUCAAAGACCUGCAGGAACAGAUCAACUGUGCUUCUCGUGGAAACGCCGCCCUCGUCCUCGCCAUCGACAACGCCAAGCUCGCCACUGACGACUUCAAAGUCAAGUAUGAUAAUGAGCUGGCCAUGCGUCAGGCGGUGGAGGCCGACAUCAGCGGGCUGAAGAGAGUCCUGGACGAGCUGACUCUGAGGCGCGCCGACCUUGAGAUGCAGCUGGAAGGUUUGAGAGAGGAGCUCAUCCAGCUGAAGAGGAACCACGAGGAGGACCUGCUGACUCUGCGCGCUCAGAUGAGCGGUCAGGUGAACGUGGAGGUGGACGCAGCUCCUCAGGAGGAUCUGUCCACCGUCAUGGCUGGAAUCAGAGAACACUACGAGACUGUCGCCGCCAAGAACCAAAAAGACCUGGAGACCUGGUUCCAAGCCAAGACUGCUGAGCUGAACAAAGAGGUGGCGAUGAGCACCGAGACUCUGCAGACAUCCAAGUCUGAGAUCGGAGAGAUCCGACGAACCGUCCAGACUCUGGAGAUCAAACUGCAGGCUCAGAUCAGCAAGAAAGGAGCUGUGGAGGCGAGUCUGGCGGAGACCAACAGCCGCUACGCCGCCAUGCUAGCAGGUUACCAGAGGCAGGUGGCGGCUCUGGAGGAGCAGCUGGCCCAGCUGAGGUGCGACCUGGAGAAGCAGAAGGUCCUGUUCGCCGAGCUGCUGGACAUCAAGACCCGACUGGAGCUGGAGAUCGCCGAGUACAGGAGGCUGCUGGACGGAGAGACCGAGAGCAAAGUCACCACCACAAAGACCACCCGGGUGGUGACCAUCGUGCAGGAAGUGGAUUCGUCUGGAAACGUGAUCAGCAGCAGCAGCAACUAGACACCAAAAAUAACCACAAAUAUAAACCACCACCGAGCAGAUCCUGUAAAGUGU